AUGAGCAUUGCUAAAAAGCUUUGGCAGGAGGAUAGGACUUCAGCGGCCCAAAGCGCAGUUAAACAAGAUCCAGAUCACUUCAGCACUGGUUACAAAUGCAAAGUUGCAGAGUCUCUCAAUAUAUUGGCCAGAUUACAGAAGUCUGGACAAGGAGUGCCGCUUCAAAUUCGUUUUGUAGGUGCGAUGGUGAAGGCUGGUGACUUACCAAUUUACAAUAGUCUUAUUGACGAAAGUAAGGAGUAUAUCCUCGUGCCCAAGCCUGAUUCCAAAUUGAGGAGUGGCCUACAUAGACUUAUCACACCAACUCGCCAGUCGGUUAUGCGUUGGUACGGAGCAACAGAGACAAAUGCACAAAAGUCAGCUAGAUUCCUGGUUGAAAAUUCGAUGGCCAUCUGUAGACGUGUGCAUGAGGAUCCGGUUGUGCUUGCUCGAGCGGGUUUUAUCAUGGUGUGCGGCCUAGGUGGUGUCGUUCUUGGUGGCAGAGGAGUCCUGCGUCAAUUUGCUUAUGGUGGUCUUGGUGUGGGUUUUGGGACUGUUAUGUGUUACCCUUCCAGUUCACUUAAGGCGAUGGACUAUGCUUGGGAUUCUACUACAAGCAAGUUGAUUGAGGCGUCAGAGGUGAUAAAGCGGAAAUACAAACGACAUCCACGAAACUUAGUCCAUACAGUUUUGUAG